CAGGCAGAGGUUCCGUCGCGUGAACACAGACGCGCCGCUGCCCGGUCCCGCCGCCAGGCGGCGCUGUGGCCCCGCCGGCUGGGAGGCUGCUGGUUGCCCGUGUUGUCCCGGUAGCACUCGUUGACGGCGAUGGAAGUGGAUUAGUUCACGUUUCCUUGUGUGAGCGUUGGUCUCAGUUCAAGUGUCUCGUGUGUGUGUUUUGGGCCGUUUGACUCGUUCGCCUAAGUUUUGCCUGUGUUUUUGUUGCUGUGCUUUGCAGCUUUAGUCUUUAAGCUAAUGCUAUUGCUAACAGGCUAGCCGUAUCAGAACAAUAAAUGUUAUGAACCUUCCCUCGAAGGGUCACAGCGUAAACCUGACGUGUUUUAUAUUGAUCAACCAAGAAAGUAACGUCAAAUACAGAUAAAAGUGAGAAAGGCCGGUUCCGGUCAGAAAUCCGUCUGUUUUCUGCUCGUCUUGCUCCAGUUCGGUUUCUCCGCCGUGACGCUGCCUGAAGCUUGAGCCGUGGUUUGAACAGGCGUAUGAAAGAAUUCAACAUCUUACGUCGUUUUGGUCGUUGUUUGUCUCACUUUUUUAAGAAGCUGCUGGACUUUGUCAACAUGCAACGAGUUUUGAGCCGAGUGUUGCUGAGGCAGACCUCCCGCCCGGUGAUGGACGGCGGAGCAGAGACACACAGCGAAGGCCGCAGAAAGCUGGUGGUGGGGCUCGGUAACCCCGGGUUGGACGGUACCAGGCACAGCGUGGGCAUGGCCGUGCUCGCCGCGCUCGCCGCCCGCCUCGGCCUGGCCGAGCGCUGGCGUGGGGACAAACACGUGUCCGGUGAGGUCAUCGUGUCAGAGCACGUGCAGCGCGUUCAUGUGGUGCUGCUCCGUCCCAGGCUGCUGAUGAACAUCAACGGAGUGUCUGUGGCCAAAGCUGCUGGGAAAUACGGCGUCAAGCCUGAAGACGUCCUGCUGGUCCACGACGACCUGGACAAACCUCUGGGGAAAGUCGCCAUCAAACACGGAGGAAGUGCGAGAGGACACAACGGCGUUCGCUCCUGCAUCGACUGCCUGCAGACUGAUAUGAUGCCCAGACUCCGGGUCGGGAUCGGUCGUCCCACUGGGAAAACAUCGGUGGAGCGCUACGUUCUGAGCCGGUUCUCUUCAGAGGAGCAGAAGGUCCUGAGCUCAGUUUUAGCCCAGAGUGUGGACCUGCUCCUCUCCCAGCUCUCUCUGGACUCCCAGCCGAGCCCUCGGCCAGCAGAGGGCAGGCGAGCAGCACAGAAAGGGAAGGAGAGGGAGCCCCCGGACUCUGCUGCCGCUCAGAGCUGAGGCUCAGCUUUUCAUACAGAGCUGCGCCGUGCAGGAACAUAGACUUGUUUGUUUUCUCUUGUCUGAGGUAAAUGAUUAGAGACACGCGACCUCCAUGGACACGUGAGCAGAGGUGCGGCAGAUGCCAGAACCUCAUAUUAUAGGACAUGUUCUGAUUGUGAUUCUUUGAUGUCUUCAUUUGGACUCGAUGCUGGUCUGGAGGUCUCUAACAAGUGACUCAAACCUGAAACAAAACAUCUGCUUGUCCUCUUUGUUAGUGAAAGCGAUGCUGCUGCUGUCACCCAGACAUACGGUCGUCCUCACGCUGCUCUCUGCUGCCGUGUCUAAGACAUAUUGAUUUCCUCUUGUGAUUGUCACACUAAUUAUGCUCUUCAUCAACUGGCGUCUUUAAUAAGUUACAUCCAGUUGAGAGCUGCCCGCGUUCUCACACUGUGGAGAAUACCAGAGGAGGCCAUACAGAGGGGGAGGGCGGGGGACAAAAAAAGCCAGAAAAGCGCAUAUAAAACAGCGGAAAGAGGCCGACGAGCAGCUGAAAGAGGGAAAUCAAUACAAAGGAGGCCAGUAGAUUGCGAUGGAGGCUGAGGAAGAAAGGCAGCGGAGAAACAAAAGGGGCCAAUCAUUGUUUAGACCUGGUUUGUUUGAGGCCUUCUGUCCUGCUGCAGCUCAGAGUCACAAUAGCUGCAGGGACACACUUGUGGACAUGAGUGGGAGGGCCGGCUCACGGGAAACGUCUAUGACAUCCCCCCACACCCUCAACUCCCCCACUGCCUUUCUGUGGCGUGACCCCGUUGAGCCGCCCUCGCCUCCAUCAGGCCACUUUCCCAGCCCCUCCUCGCUGGUCAGCUUUAGGAGGCUUCAGCGGCAGCUUCAAUAACUUUUCUUGUGCGGAGGUCAGAGGUCAUCAGUGGGGCCGGACACUCGGGCCUUUAAAGAGGCCCCCACCCCCCCUUCGCCAGGCAUAGCUGGACAGGAGCCUGGUGGGGGGUCUGUCCCCAGAUGUUCUCCCCAGCAGAACCCACUGAAGCUCAUGUGUGAGGUGUCUGUUGGCGGAACCUGGUUCCCUUCCUCAGAACAGAACCCUGCUGCCCUGCCAUCCUCUCACUUCAGUGCCACUGAGCUACUGAUUUGCUAAUGUUGCUAAUGAUUUUUUUUUCUCCACUGUUGUUAAAAUUCAAUUAAAGUGAAAGUUGUUUUUUGAUUCAUGAAAUUAAAGCUGGCUUGAGGGA